UAAAAUUAAAUAGUCUGCGCUCGGACACAGUCUGCACUUUAUUUCAGGAUAAGCGACAACGAUCGAUGGGCUUUAUUUUGGACAGGGAACCUCGGCGCACACGCACACAUGCACACACGCGCCAGAUGUGUUAGUUGAGAAGAACAAUUUUGUUGCUGACGGACUGAGAGUUGAACUCACUACAGCACCACCAAUGAACAGUGAGAGAGACCUGCGCAUAUCGUCAGCAGCCGCUUCUCCAGCCUCAAGCUAGAAUUCGUCAGAUCUGAGAUCACAGAGUGGGAUUUUUUCUCAUUCAGUCCCGGCUAGGAAAAGAUAUUCGCAAAAAAGUUUGAGGAUAUAGGCAGCGGACUACUGAAUAUACCCAGACGCAUCUACUCAGUGAAAGGUCCUCAUACUGCAACUAUGUGUGGACGGAGCAGGGCGGCCUUUCUGUGUCUGUGGGCUGGCUUGCUUGUCACCAACAGCGUAUUGGGUGGGAAGAGCUCUGGGCAGAACGGCGCUCCACAUGAACCAACAGAUAACACUACAGUGUUCACCAAGAUCUUAGACAGCCUUCUGGAUGGCUAUGACAAUCGCCUCAGGCCAGGACUGGGAGAGCGUGUAACUGAAGUCAAGACUGACAUUUUCGUGACUAGUAUUGGGCCAGUUUCGGACCAUGACAUGGAGUACACCAUUGAUGUCUUCUUCAGACAGAGCUGGAUAGAUGAAAGAUUAAAGUUCAAAGGGCCCAUGGCCGUGCUGCGUCUCAAUAACCUGAUGGCCAGCAAGAUCUGGACCCCCGAUACUUUCUUUCACAAUGGCAAGAAGUCGGUGGCCCACAACAUGACCAUGCCCAACAAGCUGCUGAGAAUCACAGAGGAAGGCACGCUACUGUACACCAUGAGGCUUACAGUAAGAGCAGAAUGCCCAAUGCACCUGGAAGACUUUCCUAUGGAUGCCCAUGCUUGUCCACUUAAGUUUGGCAGCUAUGCGUACACUAAAGCAGAGGUGGUGUAUGUGUGGACCAGAGGGGCUGCCCAGUCUGUGGUGGUGGCAGAGGAUGGAUCCAGAUUAAACCAGUAUGAUCUGAUGGGGCAGAGCGUGGAUUCUGGUGUGGUGCAGUCGAGCACAGGAGAGUAUGUUGUGAUGACAACUCACUUCCACCUGAAGAGGAAAAUUGGUUACUUUGUGAUCCAGACAUAUCUACCCUGCAUCAUGACAGUCAUCCUCUCCCAAGUGUCUUUCUGGCUUAACAGAGAGUCCGUCCCUGCCAGGACUGUCUUUGGAGUGACCACCGUCCUGACCAUGACCACACUCAGUAUCAGUGCCAGGAACUCUCUCCCUAAAGUGGCCUACGCUACAGCUAUGGACUGGUUCAUCGCCGUCUGCUACGCCUUCGUCUUCUCGGCCCUCAUUGAGUUUGCCACAGUCAACUACUUCACCAAGAGGGGUUACGCCUGGGAUGGAAAAAGUGUGGUGCCAGAGAAGCAAAAGAAGAAGAAGGAGUCCCUCCUCAAGAAGAACAACACCACAGCCUACCCAGCUGCCACUGCUACAGCCUUCGCCCCCAAUAUUGCCAGGGACCCUGGAUUGGCCACAAUCGCCAAAAGCGCCCCGCCACCCCCAACUGAGCCCAAGGAGGAGCCAAAGCCCAAGCCUCCAGAGGCCAAGAAGACCUUUAACAGUGUGAGCAAGAUAGACAGGAUUGCCAGAAUAGCCUUCCCUCUGCUCUUUGGAACCUUUAACUUGGUCUACUGGGCGACCUACUUGAAUAAGAAGCCCAAAUUGCAGGGGAUGAAUCCACACUAAUCCAUGUUUCAUUCCUUUUAAAAAAAAUAUAUACCUGUAAUUAUUUCAUUUUCUUUCUUAUUCCUCUUUAAAAAAAAAAAAAACUGUGUUUAUUUUCAGACGAACAUGGUGUCCAUGCAGGUUUGAAUUCCCAGUUGUUGCAUUGCUUCUAUGUUUACCUAAAUUUGGAAGAUUUUGAAAAAACAAAAUACAGAAAAAAAGGAUGAUAACAAUACAAACUUUUGAGAGGGUGUUGUUCAGGUCUGGGAUGAUGCUACUAAGAAAAUGCUACUAUAAAUAUAUAGCCAAGAGAAUGCUAUUCUACAACUGCACAUAGCCCAAACUUGUUAAGGGGCUUUUGUUUCUAUGUUUGUUUCAUUUUCUUUUCGUUUAUUCGAUUUCAUUUGAACAUAGAAUCACAGUAAAAGGCACUUGUGUAUAUGCAUGGGCAGGGCAUCUUAUUAUUUCUGUUUAUUUAUUCAAAAUACAGAUCAACAUUGACUGGUGGCUUAGUUUAUUUGAAAUCCGCAGGAAAAUGCUACACUCAGUCUCUUUCAAAAAUAUCUUCCAUUCUCUGUAGAUGUUUUAUGAGAUUAAUUAUGUCAUUCUUCAAAAAUAUGUUAGGGUUUCUGCAAUAGCAAUAAAACAUGUCUCAGUGGACACACUAUUUAUUUAGGGAUCGAAAAAAAUACAAAAAUCCAAUCAUCUCUGUGCUCAACAUUGAAAAUAUAUUAAUUUCCUUUCACAGCAUUGUAAAUAUUAUCAGGUGUUAGAGAUGUCAAUAUUAUGUUAAAGCUUUGCAAAGUGUAACUAAAGGGUAUGUGAAUUGAAUACAUGGAAAGGUAAACUUUUUUUAUUUAAAUUAUUUUUGUUCUCUUUAUGAUACUUUCUACAAAAAAAAGUAUAUAAUGGUCUAAUUCAUGCUUAAGUGACUGUUUCUCGCCAAGUUAACGUUCCAUUCAAAGCUGCUUUCACACUGAAGUAAAAUAUUAUUCAAUCGUGUGUUCAUGUACACACCGACGGCAACAACAGCAACAACAAUAUCAAUGGUAUAAACUGAGAUUGGCUAGAUACAAGUAAGAAUGUACAAAUCAUCUCAAAUCCUGGAGUGCAUUUUACAUUUAGAAUUAAAACACUCAUUGUUUACUUAGUUUUGUUUGGUCUUUUGGCGUUUUCGACUAUUUAUGGUAGGGCUUUCAGUUGCCAAAAACACCAUUUAUAGGAAAGUUCAGUUAGCGUCAGUUAAAAGUAAAGGGGUUGGGCACACUGAGACGGAGGAGAAGUGCCUUUUCCAUUUUCUGAGUUGAAGCUGUGAUGGCUAUUACUUUGUUGAUUGACGGCGCAUCUGUAUUUUCCACCCCACUGUGUCCCCUGACCGUGUUUACCAUAGUACCCCAUCUCCAUUCAGUUGAAAAUUGAGACAUAACACUCAGAAAGUACCAGCUACACUGCCUUCAGUAUCACAUGCCCGUUUGGACUCAUUUGUUGCUGCUUGUUGGUGAGCAACAGCGAAAGACAGGGACAGAGACAGAAAGAGACAAAGAGAAAGGAGACGUUGAGUUGAAGUGGCACUGUAAUCUUACUUUAGCCGGCGCUGUGUUUCGCACAGAGGACUUGUCUUGUAGUUCUACGAUAGUGAUGAAGAUGAAUAUAUUUUUGUAGCAUGAUGUCAAUCCCUCUUCCGAGAAAAACCAACAGAAACUAACGCAAAUGUGAAAAGAAUGCUUUUGUUUUGUUCUUUUUUUUGUCUUAAACAUUGCUUGCUUCUUUCUUUUUAGUUUUCUUUUAAACUUAGAAAAACACACAAACUUUAGGGAAAAUUGCUUCUUCUCUGAUGUGGCAUGUUAAGGUUUCUAAACAGUCCAUUUUAAAUUAUGUUAAUGUAGCAAUAUUAAUUAGCAAGGGCUUUUCUUAGGACCUGAACCUGGCACUCAGCCUGGGAGUGACAUCCAUUGUAGCUUUACACUGACCCCUCUCUACUUGUAGUUUCAUCUGUAUGCUGUACAUGGAAAUUUAACCUCUUCUGUUUAGAUUUGGUUAAAGAUAACAAGCAUUGCAUUGUGUGUCCACCUUGGGUUCUGAAGCCUCUGGCUACCACUCUAACCUUGUUUGGCAAAGAUUCACGAGUGAGGGUGCACUGCAUCGCAUUAUUGAUUCUCAGUGUGCUUUGUUGAAUAUGUUUACAGGGCACUGAACAGGCCAAAAGGCAUAUUAGAACCAUACAGUACGCUCUGUAUGUUUGUGCGCUGGAGUGAAUGGAUUGCGCUAUUACCAGAAGGAACUGAAAAAGAGACUGGUGGUUGUUGCUAUUGUUAUUAUUUGCAUUACCAUAAUGACCAAUACUGAAUUUAUCCCCUAAUGGCAGACAUCUUUUCAAGCAUAUGCAAGCAGUCAACUGUUCACAGCCACUUAACCUACAAGCAGAGGGUCAAGGAACUGCAAAGUUCAGGGUGAAGAGUUGUAUAAAGAUAUUUGAACUCUAAACUAUUGUAUGUAUGUUUAUUAUCAUGAAGAAAAAAUAUAUAUACAUAUGUAAAAUACAUAAUGCAUACAGUAUUUGAUUCUAUUAAUGAAGAUAUUAGCUAAGAUGAUGAUGAAUAUUGUUUGUAUUAUCAACCUAUUGUUAUGCGUUUUGCACAUUUAGAAGAACAAUAACAUUACAUUUAUGUAGUCAGCUUCGUGCUAUGCAAGGACAGCUUUGAACCACAUCAUUGACCUUCUCUCCCUGACCAUUGUGCUUCAGAUUUACAAGUUAUUAUAAAAAAGAAUGAAAAAAAGCUUAGCUUUUCUAUCAGCUGUGCACCCAUUUGCUUCUCCCCCCCGACCAUGGCUAUACAGGGUGACAUCAAAGAAAACAGUGGAUUAUCUCUUUUGUUUGCGCUUUGGAUUUGUCGGUGGUUGAAGGGAAAAUGGCUUUCGUUGUUGAUUGCACUUUUUCUCCAGAGACAUGCAAUAAAGUGAUUGAGCUGAAAAUACCAGGAGCAAAACUGUAACAAGAUCACCUUGUUAAUAAUAUUUCCGUUCAGUUCUUGAGCUUGUUUGUCAUUACAAAAAUGAAAAGAGGUGAAAGUGUUAUUUUGUUAAAUGGAUAAUUUUGUUUAUCUUUCGCUCUCCAAAGCUCAGCGAUAUUACAGGGAGCACCAGGCGCAGUUUUGACUUUGACAGAGUAAACAUGAAUUUUCUACUUUUCUGUUGGAAGUAUCUUUGCUAAAGCCCCAAGCUUCUACUCCAAGCCGGAUAAAACAAACGCUGUUGAGCAUUUACAAAUAUUUUGGAGCUGGGUCUGAUUUUGCUACAUUUAAUGCUCCAGAGAGAGAAUGUUAAAAAAAUAUGAGGCACAGUGCAAUCAUGAGCUUCCAACUUUUACCUUCACACUCAUAAGCAGAGCAUACAUGUAAAUAUCACAUUUGUAGGCACAUCAGUCAUUUCUUUCAUUAUGUUUGAUGCAAGGUCCAUUGCAGUUCUCAGCAGCACUUGCUUUUCAACAUUGAGUCUUUGGUUAUUCCUAGAUACCUACUGGAGUUUUUUCUUGUAUUUUUAUCAAGCAAAAUAUGUUCUGAUUUUCACUGAAAUGUAAAAAAAAAAAACUAAUUUUCUAAAGCACAAACGUUGAUUAGGGUAAGAGAAAUUAGAAUGAGACUGUAUACAUAUGGACACGAAAAAAACAAUGACACAAACUUACAAAACGCACACAAGCUCACAAACCCACAUACAGUACAUAUGCUGGUAGUUCCAGGAUACUGACAAAGGGUUCUGAUGGAUGUAGAAGAAAUGGUGAACCUUCUGUAAAUGUUUUCUUUUGUUUCUUUUGGUUAUGAUAUGGCCCUGUAAAAUCUGAUUCUCUGCAUUAGUCUUUAAUAAAAAGAAAACAAAUGAA